AUGACAACAAGAAAGGAUAUAAAGUUAAUCAACACGAGGAAAAUAAGCAAAGGAAUGGCGGAAAUGGAAAUCGUGCAUGGCGGCAGCAGAUGGAGGAUAGUCACAGUAUACAGUCAUUGCAUCGAGGAAACCAUGGAAGUCCUACUGGAAGGAAUCCAAGAAGAAAAGGAAAGCCACUUAAUAAUAGGAGCAUUGGAGGAGAUAAAGAACAUGAAAGAAGGUGACAGAAUAGAAUCAGACCACGUUCCGCUGGAGGUGGAGCUGGAAGGCGCCGACAGAAAGAAGGAGAGAAGAAGCAACACUAUUGAAAAGGUAACAAGUGUAUGGACAGAAGAAGGGAUACAGCAAUACCAUGAGAAGUGUAUAGGAUGGAAAUGUGAGCAGACGGAAAGUGGAAGAAUCUGGAAGGAACUAGAAGAAAAAGUAAAGAAAUCAAUCACAAAAGUCAAGAAGAAGAUCGCACUAUGGAAGAUAGGAAGGAGGACGUGGCAUAGCAAAGAAUGGAAUAAGAAAAAAAGGGAACUGAGGAAAGAACUUGGAAGGCUAAAAAGAGGGAAAAUAAGCAGAGAAGAAUUCGUACAAAAGAGGAAAGAAUACAGAGAUUGGUGCAAGAAAGAAAAGCACAAACAUGAAAGAGAAGAAGAGGAAAGGAUAAAAGCAAUAAGGACAGAAGAAGAGGCAUGGAGAUACAUAAACAAAUACAGAAAGAAGAAAGAAGGGAUAAGCGAAAGUAUAGAGAUAGAAAGGUGGACCACGCACUUCAUGGAAUUGUUGGAUGGAUCAAAAGAUAAAAUAAUAAUGAAAGAAGAAGAGGAAGAGAAGAAGACGAAAAAGGCGAAACAGGAGAGAGAGAAGGAAGAGAAUGAAUUAACAAGGGAAGAAAUAAUAAAACAACUAAUAGAACUGAAGAAGAGAAAAGCCCCGGGAGAGAAUGAAAUUGAAAACGAAGCAUGGAGGCUGAUGUCAAAAGAAAUAGGAGAAACCUUUGUAAUGUUGCUAAACAAGAUAUGGAAAGGAGAAGGCAUACCGCAAGAAUGGAACAACGGCCUAAUAAGCCCAAUAUAUAAGAGAAGAGAGAAGAAUGAGGUAACUAAUUAUAGAGGAAUGACGCUGAUGGACACGGCAUACAAAAUAUAUGCAAAGGUGCUAAAUGAAAGACUGAAAAAGGAAAUAGAGAAAAAUCUUAAAGAAGGACAAUUUGGGUUCAGAGAAGGAAGAGGAACCAUUGAUGCGGUGUAUACACUAAACUAUGUGGCGAAUAGGGAGUUAGCGAGGAAGAAAGGAAAUGCAUUCUUUGCGGAUCUAAAGGCGGCUUUUGAUAAGGUGGAUAGAAAAAAGCUAGGAGAAAUGAUUGAAAAACAAGACGACAUCGUGCUACUGGCAACAAGCGAACAGGAAUUAAAAGGCAUGAUGAAGAGAUUUAGAAAAUACAUCCAAAAGAAAGAUUUACUACUAAGUCCAGGAAAAUCUAAAGUACUAGUUUUCGAAAGAGGAAGAGGACGAAGAGGAAAGAGAGAGUGGAGAUGGGGAGAGGAGGAUAUCGAAGAGGUGAAAGAGAUGAAAUACCUGGGAUACAUCAUACAAAAAAACGGUAGAGCAGAAAGGUACCUAGAGGAAAGAAUGAAAAGAGCGAUGAUCGCGAUGAAGCAAACAUGGAGUAUUGGAGAGAAACUGUUUAAGAAUGAUUUCGAGAGAAGAAUGAAGAUGUUCAAUGCGCUAGUGGAAAGUAUUGCGUUAUACGGAGCAGAAAUAGAAGGACACCGCAUAUUGCUGGAGGAGACGAAGAUUAGGGAAAUAAGAAUAGAGGUUAUAAGAAGAGCAAGCAAGUACGAAGAGACUAACAGGAAAACGAACAAAAAGUUAGUAACAGAAUGCAUAAGGGAGAUAGAAAAAGGAAAAAGAGAAAGCGAAGAAAGCAAGUGGGAAAAGAAGAGAAGGAUAAUGAUGGAGAAGUCGGAACCAAUCUGGACGGUGGUCAAACAUAAUUGUGGCCAAACAGGACUGUGGUCAAUCAGAACGGUGAUCAAUUGGAACGGCGGUCAAUCGGGACGGUGGUCAAUCGGGUCCGUAGUCAAUCGGGACGGUGGUCAAACAGGAUUGUGGCCAAAAGAGACGGUGGUCAAUCGGGACAGUGAUCAAUUGCAACGUCGUCAAUAUCAAUGUGGUCAAUCGCAACGUGGUCAAUUGGAACUUUGA